UUUACAUUUUUUAGCCCAUGCUCGGUGUGUCAUACUGCCGAAUCGUGUAUGCGGUCACUCGCAUUUAGUCGCUUUUCAACACUAUAAAAAAACUAAACGGGUAGCUGAAAAUUACAAUCACAGGACUUAAUUUUAUACACGGCAAUGGAAUCGGAGACGAAUGCGAGCGGCGAGGAGAAGCCGCAAGAGAACCCCUCGACAGUGCCCAUGGACACGCUGGAUCCGCCGCCACCGAGUGGCAGCUCCAAGACCCUCAAACGCUGCCUCAGUGUGCCAAUAAUCCGGACUCCGCCGGCGGGUAAAUCGGGAAAGACCCCGAUGACCACACGCGCAGCCGCAGCGGCUGCUCUGGCGGCCAAGGAGCACGAGCAGACGCCCAAGAAGAGCCAACAGGUGGUGGAUAUCCAGAUGCCGAAUGUACCAUCCAUCGAUUGCUUCGGCAAGAACAUACACAUACGAUCCCAGCCCAAUUCCAGGGAGGUUUCCCCGGCUCCCGUCUUCAAUAUAUUCACACCUCGAGCCAGACGGUAUUCGGCCAGCUAUAGCCCACUGACCACGGCAGCCAAUGGAGCCACCCUCUGCCUCACUCCGCGGGUUUCCCAGCUGAGGCAGGAGGAAUGCGCCGACCUGAACAGCCGGGAGGUAAACCAUGAGCGGGAAGUUCAUCGGGAAAUACAGAUCUCGCAGAGCUGGGAGGAUCUCACACUGGUAGCCGAGAACUGGUCGUGCAAAUCGGACGAGUUCUCCAAUCCCCUGCAGGUCAGCCUGCCACCCACCGGCACUACCAGCUGUUCCAGUCCCAGUCCCACCAACAAUCGCGCGGGCAUGAGACUACCAUACUCCCCGUCGCCCACGAGACGCACUUUUGCCACCAGGCGGUCGAUGUCUCCCAUUGCCAUGAGGCCAUCUCAGCUGGGACCCGUGAAGAGAAAAUUCGAGCUGGACGAUAAUCCCACUCAGGGAAGCAACUGGAGCGUGUACUCUCCUCCGCCUGUGAAGAAGAUAUUCACGGAAAGUCGCGGCUCCUCACCGGUGUGCCAAUCGCCGUCGUCGGUGUGUCCCAGUCCCGACUCCGGAACCUUUGACGGUCGCCUUACGCCCAAGUUGUUCAUCUCGAAGCUGUGCACAAGUAAUUCGGUGAGCGGAAGUGGAAUAAAUAAUAACAGCAGCAGCUCGGGAUGUCCGUCGCCCGUUUCCGCUUCGCCCGGUGGAGUUGGCAGCGGUCCAAAUCUGGAGGCUGCCAUGUGCCUCGUUUCCGGCGGCAGCCAGAGCCAAAGCAUCGACGAGGGCAUUUCCAUACCCGAAUCGGAGACGCACUCCUGCCGCAGUCGCACCUCUUCCAUACUGUCCACCGCAUCGUCCAGUACGCAGGUGCUGGUCAACGACCUGGUGGACGAUGCCACUCUAAUGGACGAUGCCAAGAGUGAGACCUCCUCGAUCGGUGGAUGCUCCACCAUUAGCAUAGAGUCAUCCUCCUGCGACAGCGGUGCCAAGACAGCUGCCACCUUCCUGAAUCGCCUGGUGGUGGAUUCGGAUGGCGGUGGUUCGCCGCUGGCCCAAAAGAGCUUCUAUAUCAACAAGCAGGGAUUGUCGGGCGCCAAGAAGUUUGUUGUCAACCACGAGCGAACGGGAGCCGCCAGCAAAGAUGUGCCGCAAAAGCUUUAAAAACAUACACAGAUUUAUCUUAGCUUAGGGGUCGGUUUUAGGAAUGCUACGAAAUGCUUAUAAUCUCAGGAGCCAAACAUUAAUCUUUGGUACACUUUAGAUGAUUUGCUUUGAAACUAUUUUCUGAUAAACUAUUUUCCGAUAGCUUGAUCAUUUUUAAGUUUUAGAAUGUCCCAUUUUUUUCACAUAAAUCCACAAGCAAUAUUUUUUAUAAAAAAAAAUUAAUUAAGAAUACCUUUGGAGAAAUAUGUAGAAGGCUAAAAAGUGUUUAAAAUGUAUAUUUCCCAUAGUCUUCAAAGCAAAUCUCCCUGAAGACACAGCAGAUAAAUUAGUGGUACUUUGAUUUUUGUUCAAGAAAAUCGACCCAAAAUAACCAAUUACACACACGCUUAAGAUGGGGGUUCCACACGAUCCUCCGACGUGCUUAACAUUAGAUCGUAGCUUUGUUGUACAUAGUUAAGUUGUUUGUCUGAAGUUCUAAACCAUAUUGCAUAUCAUUUAUCGAAGCACACUUGCACCCCCCUUUCAUCCCUAGAAAACAUUCGUUUUUAAUAUGUUAGCCUAAGGUUUACUAUAUAUAGCCAGAGUUUAUUUCCCCGAUCUUUGUGUUAUAUCAUGUUCUGCAUUUCCAAUGUUUUGAUUAAACAAUGCCUUUUUUUUUGAACCCACUUUCUUAUUUAAGUAAAAGUUUAUAGUUUAGUUUUGUUUUUAGUCGCCACCUCACCCUAGAUUUUAGGAAGAAAACCCCAAUUUUGCCAAAUAUGUUUCCUCUAUGCUUAUAUGUAAUCCAGCAUUAUAUUGCCUAUAAUGUGAUCCAAUUAAGCGUGGAUAUCUGCGCGUAUCCCCAAAAACCUACUGAUAUAGUAACGCAUAUAUAAUAUAGAUUUACGAUUCGAUUCUAAUUAUCGUAAGCGAAUUUACGUAGUUUCAGGAAAAUGUUACAUAUACUUAGAAAGGAUCCAAAACGAAAGAAUUGCCUAAUACACAUUUUUUCAAUUGAUCAAA